AUGUCCAUGUUCAAGCAAGCUGUGCAGGAUUAUGACUCCGUCGCGUCCACCUCGCCGCCAAACAAUGCCUUCAAGCAAUCGUCGAUAGGAAAUACUUUCAAGGCGCGUCCUUUGGGGAAUGGGAUAAAACAAAACGAUGCGGGGCCGCCGCAGCGGUCAUUGGGUGCCGGCACAAAGGACAUCGGCACAAAGGGCAUCAAGAGGACUUCAAAUGGCUCCGCCAAGCCAUUGGGAUCUGAAGAGGAUGUAUUCGAGUACCCCACGCUUAAUAUCGCCGGCAUGGAGAAGGAGAAUGAGCUGCCCGCGUCUUUCCACACCAGCACCACCGGUAGUCUAGCAACGGCGCUGUUCGACGAGGACGACUUCGAUAGCGAUGUGGAUCUGGACGUUGAGGAUCCGGCGACAAAAGGCACUGUUACUUACCCCACAUUACCUAGUGCCUCGUCUACUGGGUCAAGAGACUCUGGAUACAAUUCACGGAUACAGACAGCAAACAUCAAACCCGAGACGAAGAGUAGCCAGUCGGUACCCUGGUCGUCUUCUCCACCCGAACAUUUCAAGGCACCUGUAAAGUCCGAGCCUUUGAAGACAAAGCGAAGAAAGCUACCGUGGCCAUCGGACCAGAAGACACAGUCCAUACAAGAAGAAGAUGAAGCUGAAGUAGAACGACAAGCUGCACGCCCUAGUAAACGCCCAUCAACGGAAGCUGACAAGGUUAUCUCAACACCAAAGCCCAAGUCGGAAUACCUCUGGAACACUACAGCCAGUGCUAUCAAGCAGCAGCAAAAGAAUCUGAGGGAAACCAAAGCACAGGCGAAGAUCAGCCAGAGCACACAAGACGAUGCAAAGGAAGCCAUCAAGAAGAAAAACAAGAACGCCGUCCAUAAGAUCUUCCUGAGUGAAGAGCAACAAAAUGUACUAAACCUUGUGACGGAGUACAAGAAGAGCGUGUUCUUCACUGGUUCUGCUGGUACUGGUAAAUCAGUCCUACUUCGAGAGAUCAUAGCGGCUUUGCGACGAAAGUACGUUCGUGAGCCAGACCGAGUAGCUGUGACUGCAUCAACAGGUCUCGCUGCUUGCAACAUUGGUGGCGUCACCCUGCACAGCUUCUCCGGUAUCGGUCUUGGUAAGGAACCGGCUGAGGAUCUAGUCAAGAAGAUUAGACGCAACCAGAAAGCAAAGCAGCGGUGGAUGCGUACCAAGGUGUUGAUCAUGGAUGAAGUCUCCAUGGUGGACGGCGAUCUGUUUGACAAGCUGGAGCAGAUUGCACGCACUAUCCGCAAUAACGGCAGACCAUUUGGCGGUAUCCAACUCGUCAUUACGGGUGACUUCUUCCAACUACCUCCUGUUCCAGACCAUGGGCGGCAAGCAAAGUUUGCCUUUGACGCGGGGACCUGGACCACAAGUAUCGAGCACACUAUUGGCCUGCAUCACGUGUUCCGUCAGAAGGAUCCAGUAUUUGCCGGUAUGCUCAAUGAAAUGCGAGAGGGUCGAUUAACACCCGAGUCAAUCGCACGGUUCAAGAAGCUGGAGCGCCCUCUGCCAACAACCGACGAGAGCGUCGAAGCAACAGAAUUGUUCCCCACACGUCAGGAGGUCGAUCGUGCAAACAGUUCUCGCAUGCUCCAACUUCACGGCAACACAUUUACCUUCGACGCCCGUGACGGCGGUACCAUUCAGAACAAGGAAAUGCGAGACAAGCUUCUACAGAACUGCAUGGUCCCAGAGCAGAUACAUCUGAAGAAGGGUGCGCAAGUGAUGCUGGUCAAGAACAUGGACGAUACGUUGGUCAACGGCUCGCUCGGCAAGGUAACCGGAUUCAUGACGGAGCAAAUGUUCAACAUCUACAAGGACGACGAAGAAGCCUUCCUCGAGGCCGGCCCAUCGGAAGCUGCCCUGAAGGUGGAAAUGGGAAAGGCCACGCUCGGAAUCAACACCAAUCAGGUGUAUCCAGUAGUGCGCUUCGCCAUCGCCGAUGGCACAACACGCGAUCUACUCUGUAAGCGCGAAGACUGGAAGAUUGAGCUCCCCAACGGCGAAGUGCAAGCCUCGCGCUCCCAGAUCCCACUCAUCCUCGCCUGGGCGCUCUCAAUUCACAAGGCGCAAGGUCAAACCCUGGAGCGCGUCCGCGUCGACCUUGGCCGUGUGUUCGAGAAGGGUCAGGCGUACGUUGCGCUCUCCCGUGCGACGAGCAUGGCGGGUUUGCAGAUCCUCCGCUUCGAUCCUAGGAAGGUGCUUGCGCAUGAGAAAGUGAGGCUGUUCUAUAGCAGUUUGAGCACGGCGGAGCAGAUUGAGGGCAAGGCGAAGAGUAAGACUAUUCUGGGUAAGAUGCAAGCUGCCAAGGCGAAGAAGAGCGGUGAUGACUAG